ACCACAGUUGAAAAGUGAACCCCGUUAAAUUCCGUUCUACAGAUUUCCUUGUUUACCCUUCAUUUUCCCUUGAACUGACAUCUUUACCCUUCUUCCUCACUCAAAAUCAACCCUCACUUGUCGUAUGCCCCCAGGCAAAUUCUCUCUCUCUCUCUCUCUCUCUCUCUGAUCUGCCGGAGCAGGUUAAAAAUCCACAUCAAUGGCGGAUCGAGAACCAAUCAGAGAGGAAACCCACAACAAUACAACCCAUCACCUAACGAUGCCAUCCGGGUUGACCCAGGAGGAGUUCUCCGAGCUGGCUCAGUCGAUCGCCGAUUUCCACACCUACCGACUCGGUCCGGGGCGCUGCUCUUCCCUCCUGGCGCAGCGGAUCCAGGCGCCGCCGGAGAUCGUGUGGUCCGUCGUCCGGCGCUUCGACAAGCCGCAGGCCUACAAGCACUUCAUCAAGAGCUGCGUGCUGGAGGAGGGGUUCGAGAUGCGCGUGGGAUGCACGCGCGACGUGACCGUGAUAAGCGGCCUCCCGGCGAACACCUCGACGGAGCGGCUCGACAUCCUGGACGAGGAGAGGCGCGUGACUGGGUUCAGCAUCACCGGCGGCGAGCACAGGCUCCAGAACUACAGCUCCGUCACGACGGUCCACGGCUUCGACCGUGACGGCCGGAUCUGGAGCGUGGUCCUGGAAUCGUACGUGGUGGACGUGCCGGAGGGAAACACGGAGGAGGACACGCGGCUCUUCGCCGACACCGUCGUCAAGCUCAAUCUCCAGAAACUCGCCUCCGUCACCGAAGCCAUGGCUCGAGACUUCGGCGAAGCCGCCGGUUCCCCGGCGAUGUGACACGUGGCCAAGGGAAAAAAUUCCUGUUUUCUAUAAAUUGCUGUUUCAUUGUGUCAUAUUUUCUACUGUGUUUAUUGUUAACCUCGAUUCUUAUUUUUCCUUUUUCACAACCCUUUUUAUUUUUAUCUGGAAAUGACAAAAAUGUCCUUACUUGCUCCGAGUGAGAUCGGUAAUUUUCGGACAUUUCCGACAAGUUUUUUUUUUCUUUCU